UUUCAGAGGUGAACGGGAUAUUUUAGCAAUGGGAAUCUUUCAGUGUAACAAGACUUCGGGGAUCCCCAGCAACGUCUGGAAUGGGAUUAAAAGCCAGAUUCAAAGCCACGCGCCCGAGGGAUUGGAACUGGACGUGGUGCACAUGCUGCAGCAGAAGCGGAUCCGGGAGUGCCCACUGCUCAACGCGGCCCGGGAGAAUGACGUAGGGGCAAUUAGGAAGCUGCUGGAUUGUGCCACCACUGAACUGUAUGUCAGGGGAGCGGUGGGAGAGACGGCUCUGCACGUGGCGGCCUUGUAUGACAAUCUGGAGGCCGCAAAGCUAUUGCUGGAGGCCGCCCCGGAUCUGGUCAACCAGACGGUCACCUCUACCUUGUAUGAAGGACAAACCGCCUUGCACAUCGCUGCUGUCAAUCAGAACGUUAACCUGGUAGAGUUGCUGAUUCAGAAGGGGGCGGAUUUGUAUUCUCCUCGUGCCAUUGGGACCUUCUUCUCUUACAGCCAGGACAACCUCUUCUACUUUGGUGAACACGUGCUGUCGUUUGCUGCUUGCGUUGGCAGUGAGGCUGUCGUACGUUUGUUGAUAGAGAAUGGAGCCAAUAUUCGAGCUCAGGACUCGUAUGGAAAUACAGUUCUCCACAUCCUCACCCUGCAGCCCAACCAGGUCAUUUCCUGCAUGAUUUAUGACCUCAUUCUGUCCUAUGAUGAUAAACGAAACAACGUUGACCUGCAGAUGAUUCCAAAUUUUAUGGGCCUCACACCCUUCAAACUGUCAGCAUCGGAGGGAAACGUUGAGAUGUUCCAGCACCUGUUAAAAAAACGUAAGCAGAUUCAAUGGUCUUUUGGCCCUAUAAACUCCGUUCUGUAUGACCUCUCGGGCAUCGAUUCUCGGGAUGAACAUCAGUCUGUGCUGGAGCUUGUGGUGUCUUCUAGAAAGAGAGAGGCUCGGCACAUCUUAGAAAUGACUCCGGUGAAAGAACUGGUCUGUCUGAAAUGGCGGAGCUGCGGUCGGCCGUAUUUUUGGCUCUUGGCAGCAAUCUACUUCUUGUAUAUGGUAUGCGUUACUGUGUGUUGCACGUACCGGCCUCUGAAGUCCAUUCCGAAGAGCAACGAUACACGAGAUGCCGUCGUCAUGAUACAGCAGUCUCUCAGUGAGGCCUAUGUCACUUAUCAAGAUCAACUUCGUCUGGGUGGAGAGCUGAUCAGUGUGAUUGGAGCACUGGUUAUUUUACUUCUCUUGAUCCCUGACCUCCUACGGGUUGGAGCUACCAGAUAUUUUGGACAGACUGUUCUUGGUGGACCUUUCCAUGUCAUUAUAAUAACCUUCGCCUGCAUGGUGAUGGCCGUUUUGGUGAUGAGGGUGACCAACAGCAGUGGCGAGGUGGUCCCUAUGUCGUUGGCGUUGGUCCUCGGCUGGUGUUACAUCCUGUAUUUCACCCGAGGCUUCCAGAUGCUCGGUCCUUUCACCAUCAUGAUCCAGAAGAUGAUAUUUGGAGACUUGCUGAGAUUCUGCUGGCUCAUGGUGGUUGUCAUUCUUGGAUUUGGUGGAGCAUUCUAUGUGAUAUUCCAAACACAAGACUCCGGGGACCUGGGGCAGUUCAUGACGUAUCCAAUGUCGCUGUUCAGCACCUUUGAACUCUUCCUCACCAUCAUCGAUGGUCCUGCUAAUUAUGAGGUGGACCUGCCCUUCAUGUUCAGCGUGGUAUACUCGGCUUUUGCAAUAGUCGCAGCUCUUCUGAUGCUGAAUCUGUUAAUCGCCAUGAUGGGAGACACUCACUGGCGGGUGUCCCACGAAGGAGACGAGCUUUGGAGGGCACAGGUUGUAGCCACUACUCUCAUGCUGGAACGGAAAAUGCCAAAAGUCCUCUGGCCUCGAGUUGAAGAGCGUAAGGACUUGAAAGCAGAAAAAUUGAAAAAAAUUGUGAAUGCCUUUAAGAUUGAUGAUGACAAAAAGGAUGACGUGGAGGAAAACCAGUCUCUGAAAGUUGACUUGUCAGAUGAGAAGAUUAUCAGCAAGCGAGUUUCUAUGUCGGAAACCCCAGUGCUGCUUCGUAAAUUGUCCCAGAGGAGCUCAAACAGAGGUUGGAAUAUUCUUAGAAAAGCCUCCAUCGACCAGCUACAGGGCAAAGUAAACUAUGCUCUAGACCUUGACGAACACAUCUAUGAUGUAUGA